UUGCUCUGCUGUUGCCAUUGCUGGGAUAAAUAAUGAAAAAUAUUCAGUGAAGCUUCAGUACCUUUUGUAAGCUCUGUCCCAAUUAGCUUUUAAGUUUACACCAGCAGUAGGAUAAUCCAAAUCAGAGCCAUUUUGAGUUGCUAUCAUUCUACACCUUGGUUUCUGACAGUCUAGCUGUGACUGUGAGUAGCUUCUUACAAGGGGCUCAGUGAGCAGCCCACUGGAAAAGUUGCAUGAAGCUGAACAUUAUAUUUAUUAGCUUUUAUUUCUUGCAUGCUGGGAGCAGCAUGGGUCUGCAUUCCUUCCAUUCUAAUUCUGUUUCAUAUGGUCUCUUGUAUGCGUGAUCCGAGUGCCAACAGGUUGUAUAUGAAGCAUUUUCACUUCUGCUGCCUACUAUUUGUGCUGUGCCCACUUUGCUUUGGAUAUAACCUUUUAGAUUUGUUCUUCCUUCUUUAUGCAGUUGACUUUCUUUGUCUUGCUUUCCCCAUCCUGUACAUUUUUUGUGUCUGUAGUAAGGCCUGACAUCACAUAGCCCAUCUCCCCCAUGUCCAGGAGGAAAUGGACGUGGUACUUGUCAGUGUGCUUGUUGACAAGCAACACAAAAUGUUUUAUGCAUUUUGGCCUUGCUGAUUUACUGGAAACAUUAACUUCUUGGAGGGGCUAUUGGAAAAAUUAGUUCCAUAGCUCUCCAAAAUAACUUUUGCACCUUGAUUUGAAGACAUUUAGGAGCUUUUUUUUUUUUUUUCUUCUUUCCUGUUCCAUUAAGGCCUGGGUCUCCCUGCUGCAGCUGUUCUGUUUUUAAUGUGUUGCUCCGUUUCCAGGCAGACAUACCCCUUUUUGAGUAGAGUUCACUUUUCUCUGGCUGUUUUUCCAUUUGCCUUCUCUCUAGGAGGUAAAUUUGUCAGCCUACUAUUUUGGUCUCUCAAUUCAAUUACAGCAGCAGAAACUGUGAUCAAAGCUGGAGCAGCACUAUGGAGGAGGAAAACCAAAACUCCUUUCUGGAUAAUAGAUCUUUCUCUCUUUUCCUUCACUUUUUUUAUAAUCUUUGGAAAGGGAUGCUACAGAUUCUUGUGUCCGAAGAAGUAUAGAGAAUUUUGUUCGCACUGCAGUCAUGACUGCUGCAGUACACAUGCCCAGGUGAAGCUAUCUAAAGUGUUACUGCAGGGGCACAAGACUUGCAUGGUUAAUUGAUCUGAACCCCAAGUUGCUUUCUGAUGAGUUUUGCUUAUUUUCCUGGGAGCUUUGGAGCUGCCUGUUGAUUUGCUGUACAUGCACAACAGACCAUUAUUUCAGAUAUCUUUCUUUCUGGUAUUUCAAAGAUGUCAACCUAACCAAGUACUCAAGUUCCCACUCUGCUGCUUGGGUAAUCAGUCCUGCAUCCAGUCCUGAGGUCUAGCAUAGUGGCUACAUUGCCAGUCACAGCAGUCCUGAAAAGUCAGUUUGAGGUGUUGGUUAUAACUUGCAUAACUUCAGGAGCAUCUGACUAGAACUGAUUUUAAAUUGGUGACUUUUUGUCAUCUUUUUUUUUUUUAAUUAUUUAUUUAUUUAUUCAGUGGAAUGAUUUAAAAAGUGGUUUGAACAUGACUGACGUUACAUAUGUGAAUUCCAGGUAAUAAAUAAUGUCAAAGAUUUCAGGUAAAUCUAUUUUUCCUAAACCUAUUUUUCUUAAACAGUUAUUUAGGUUACAGUUCAUUUUUUUCUUAUCGUGCCCCAAACCAAACUCAUAGCUGCUAUUUCAUGAAAAUUAACUCUUGACCCUCUCCCCUUCCAUCAUUAUUAGGUGUCUACUGUUUGUUUAGUGAGGUCUGGUCCUAUCUCUUCUUGUGACUGAUUUUACUGUGUUCAGGUGAGCAUGCAUUUACUGCAAGCUUAUGGUGUCCCCCAGGCGUUUUCCCAGCUUGGAUCUGCAGGACAUCCACCAUGAAAUUGCAGAUGUGGAUUAUGGUACAGCCAGAGCUGAUUGCUUGGAGCAGUGCCCUGACAGGCAGCCCAAGGGCUGUCUAUCAGCAGUCCACAGGAGGAAUGGGAGAGGUGGAGGAAGCUGUAUCUGAGGCAUCUCUUGAGGGUGCUUCAGGACCCACCACUGUCACCAGUAAGCUGAUGGGGGAGUAGGAUAAGAAGCUGAGAGAUGUCAAGUUGGCACGUCCUUUUUAUAAGAAGCUUGUAAAGGGGUAAAGGCCAGAAGAUGUACACAGCUUUCCCUUUCCCUGCCAAUAUUUGUCUCAGUUUCACCAGCACCACUGUGCUGGCCAGGUAAUCAUCCACUAGGUACUUCAAAAAAGGAGGCUUGAUUUACUAGUUUGCAGAACAAUUCCCAAUAAUAUAUUAAAACAAGUCCCUGCUGUAGGAAGAGUUGAAAAGGGCCCUUCAGAAAUGGAUUGGUCUCCCAACAUAAAUUUUAAUACAUGAAUUUUGGCUGUCUUCUCCCUUCAUUUUUUUUUCAUGGAAUAUUUUGUGGAACAAUUUAAAAGAUACAGAAAAUUGAGCUACUGACUAGAUGGAAGAAAUGGGGGCAAAGGGAGACUUUCUGAACAUGGCAGAAUCUACCCAUAAACCUUUCAGAACAGUAUUGGGGCAAUAACAAAUCAGAAGAGGUAAUAAAGUGACAAGCAAAGAUGUGAUUACUGCAGCUUUCCUCUCACCUCUGACAUUGCAGAUCUCCCCGUCAGACGUAGGCAGAAUCUCUUCUCCACACAGAGGAGGCAGAGGGUGGAGCUCAGCGCCUGUAUAAAUUAUAUGUGUCCUUCAGGUUGUUUCAGCAGCAACAACAAGCUGAGAGCGUGUUUGUCAGCUGACAAAUCUGUUAUCCAAAUUGGGUUUUCUGCUGCUGUUGCCAUCUUACGUGCCAUGGGGAGCCCACCAGCCAAGAUGAAGAUUUGUCCCAUCUACAUGCUCUCUGUAAGAAUCAUACAAGCCAGGAACAUCAAAUCAAGAGACCUGUGGACAGUUCCACUUUCCUGCCAAAACCUUGCGGGGCAUUGUUAUUCACUGCUUGAUACCAGUCUGAAGUAUUUAGGCAUCUCGGGCUGCAGUAGACAUCUUCAGUCAAGUCCAGACUCCAGCUCUGAAAGACACCAUCUCGGAGAUUUCUUUUCACACCGAUGUCAAGCUCCACAAAUGACUGCAUCAGACUGCUAUGUGCGCUUGUGGCUGCCAUCUGCUUCAAAUGAAAAGCUCCAGACCAAAACCAUCAAGAAUUCUGACAACCCUGUCUGGAAUGAGACUUUCUACUUUAGGAUCCAGAGAGAAGUUGAGAAUGUUUUAGAAUUGGCAGUGUGUGAUGAAGAUCCACUUACGAAAGAUGACAUGCAGUUCACAGUUCUUUUUAAUGUUGCUAGAGUCAGACCUGGAGAGAGAGUCCGUGAGACAUUUGCUUUGAAAUCAGAGAAAGAGAGGUGCUCUAAGAAAUGGGAAAGUUUGGAAGUGGAGUUCUGGAUGGAAAAAAUUCCUGGUCCUCCAGAGUAUGUCAUUACCAAUGAUGUCCUAGUGUCACGUGAAGUUUGGUGCUUGGAAGUGCAAGUGGACAGUAAUGAAAGCAGGAAAUAUUUGAAAGAGGGUAAAAAUCUCGUGCUUACGGUGCCUGCAUCUCAUGAAGGAACACAGAAAGCUACAGAGGACACAGAUACUUUCUACUUCCAUUGUGUGAAGGCUUGGGAGCCAGUUCUAAAAGCCAGGCUGCAGAAAGUUUCUGAUAAGGAAGAUGACAGAAACAAUUUAAGUGAUACGUUAACAGUACCACUGAAAUUUCUCCCUGUUGGACACAAAGUGAAAGUAACCCUCCCUGUAAGACAUAAUGUGCCACUGCAGCUGUACCUCCAACUAAAUGAUUGCACGGAAAAACUAGAUGUGCGCUUAGGAUAUGAUCUAUGCCGAGAAGAGCAGGAAUUCUUGCAAAAAAGGAAGAGAGUGGUUGCCAGUGCCCUGAAAAGAGUUCUUCAUUUGGAAAGAGAUCUACAUGGACAUGAGGUCCCAGUAAUAGCUGUUAUGGCAACUGGCGGAGGCCUCAGAGCAAUGUCAGCUAUGUUUGGCCACCUCUUGGCUCUUCAGAAGCUAAAUCUGUUGGACUGUGUUACCUAUGUCACUGGGGCUUCUGGCUCAACAUGGACCCUAGCAGACCUAUAUGAGCAUGCAGAUUGGUCACAGAAGACUCUGGAGGAGCCGCUCAGAGCAGUAAAAGAACAAGUGACAAAAUGCAAACUCAACCUUAUGUCUAUGGAACAUUUGAAGUAUUAUCACAAGGAACUUGCUGAAAGGGCAAAAGCUGGACAUGUCUCAUCUUUUACAACAUUGUGGUCACUUGUUCAGGAAAUGUUCUUACACGAACGGCCAAGAAAAUACAAACUCACAGACCAGCGCAAGGCAUUGGAGCAUGGACAAAACCCACUGCCUUUCUAUGCAGUCCUCAAUGUCAAGGAGGAGAAGUACAGUACUUUCAAAUUUAGAGAGUGGACAGAGUUCUCUCCUUAUGAGGUGGCCAUACCAAAAUACGGAGCCUCCAUUCGUUCAGAAUUUUUUGACAGCGAGUUCUUCAUGGGAAGGCGAGUGAAGAAGCUGCCGGAAUCUCGGAUCUGCUAUCUGGAAGGUCUUUGGACAAACAUUUUUACUAGGAAUUUGCUGGAUGGCUUAUACUGGUCUUCAAAUUCAAAUGAAUUCUGGGAACGAUGGGCCAAAGAUAUGGUAGAUAUAGAAAAACAUUCCCCUGAGGAGGAUACCACUAUCAUCGAGCCUCCAUCUUGUUUGUCAGGGAAGUUGUAUGAAAUGUUUCAGGACAUUAUGACCAAGCGUCCACUACUGGGAAAGUCUCAUAACUUCCUGAGAGGCUUAGAAUUUCAUAAGGAUUAUGCCCAUCAGAAAAAAUUUGUUGAAUGGAAAGACACUGUGCUGGACUCUUUCCCUAACAAUCUGACGCCGCUGCAGAAAUAUCUUUGCCUGAUAGAUGUUGGCUAUUUCAUUAACACCAGUGGUGCAGCACUUUUCAGGCCAGAAAGGAAUGUAGACGUCAUUAUCUCACUUGAUUAUGGUUUGGGGAAUGUGUUCAAGCAAUUGGAGAUGACAUACAAAUAUUGCAAGAUACAAAAAAUCCCUUUCCCCAAAGUGGAGCUAAGUGAAGAAGAGGAGAAAAACCCAAAGGAAUGUUAUGUGUUUUCGGAUCCAGAGGACCCUAGAGCACCCAUAGUAAUUCAUUUUCCCCUGGUGAAUGACACCUUUAAGGAAUUCAAGGAGCCUGGGGUAAAGCGCAGUCACUCAGAGAUGGAAGAAGGCAAAGUAAAUCUGGAGAACAGCUGCUCACCCUAUUACCUCGUUAGGCUAAUCUACUCCUCUGAAAAUUUUGACAAACUCGUGAACCUAAGUAAAUACAACAUCCUCAACAACAGAGACCUGCUCCUCCAGGCAAUCCAGAGUGCUGUGGAACGGAAAAGAAGUGGCAGGACUGGGAAUCUCCCCAGCCACUCUGGAGCUGAAUAUGCAUAGGCUGAGUUUUUGUACUUUUCCCUACUGAAGGCUACGAUGGUCACAUUACAACACACAACAAUCACAUAACAUGUCACAGUCACAUUACAACAUAUCACAGUGUUCAUUAUUUGCAGGAAAUUGAGGAAACCUGUACAUUUCUCAUCUUGCCUUGUUCAAGUUCCUAGCUUUCAAAAGGGUUUAUUUAACCUUCCUCCCCUAAGUUUUCAGACCAUAAGAGACUCCCACUCUGGUUUUACUUGAUAAGAAUGGAGGGUCCUGGUUAGCAGAGACCUUCCAGGAACUUCCCAAUCUUAUAAAAAAUGGUGGUGGUGGUGGUGAUAGUGAUAGUUCUUUACAUGUGCCUGUUCCCUCAAUCCUGAGCCCAUUAUCAAUGUCUUUGGAAUGAUUCAUUACAAACCAAGUCCUGGCCAUUUGCAUUCAGUAAUGUCCAGAUUUUCAGAUAGGCUGAGUAUUAGAAUUUGCACUGAAUUGGUGGGCUCAGCUCUGAAGUCAGGCCAAAGAGUCAUAUAUACCUGUGAAUAAUAGCCAAACUGCAAUGUGGACCAUUACAUUCUGUCUGGCUGAUUCCCUUCGCUGAUCUAGAAGUUAUUCCUUUAUUCCAUUCCCCUGCAAGAGUUUGGCACAGAAAUGCUGCUCCAGACUGUCCCGAGGGGGGCAGUUACAUUUCAAGGAGAGAGGACAUGAGCUGCAGAGGGUGAGUUAUUCUUUGAGUUUUGGCUGGAGGAAAAAUUCUGCAUAAGGCAUGAGUGAUUAUAUUAAUUUAUACGGGUAGAGCCUUUACGAAUUAAAAUGUCAAGAGCUUUUGAUACCAGAAAUUCAGGGAGGGUAGUUACCAUAGACACAAGUACACUUAAUUUAAUAAUAAUGACCAAGACAUAAGCUAGUGUUCCUUAUGUGUGUGAACUGAGUGUAGGAUGUAAAAGAGUGUAUAGUCAUUCUAUUUCACACCCAGAAGAUUUUUUUUCCAACUUUACAGUCUUCAAUCCCUAACAUCAUAGGCAAGGUAUUUUUAAUAGGUGCUAUAGUAAAACAGAGCACAAAUAAAAAUAAUAAUAAAAAAAUUAUUUUUCACACGUCUUUGCUGGAAGAAACUAUUUGGAAAAAUGAUGCCUGGUUUUUAUUUGCUUUGGAGUAUGGUGAGAGACGUUGCCUUGAACUAGGAGCUUGGAAUAACUUUAUAGCCCUCCACUAUAUUAAAAAAUGGUAGGGAAGGAUGCUGAGCAAUACAAAACAGAGCUCCACAGAAGUCUGAGAAGUUACCGUAUUUCAUAGCACUGGAGGAUUUGGACCUGUUUCUGGCAUAUUUAAUCCAAGCACAGCAGUUUCAUGGAGAUGGAAACGAUUUCCUAGGAAAACCUUGCACAUUUCUUCUAUAUUGGAAAUUCACUUGAUAUCUAGAAUAAGUUGUACUUGAAAUGAAAAACUAAACAAAGAGAAGCAGGGGUCUGCCUUUUUAGCACAUGAAGACAGUAUCCAGGCUCAGAGGGAGAGCAUUUACAAAAGCUGUUCAUUGUCUGAACCCAGUAUCUACUAAAUGCUGUCUUCUGCUGCACAUAAAGGCAGUGAAUAAGCCUCAGAGCUAUUCCUUGUACAAUGCUUAUUUAUUAAGUUGAGUACCAUGCAAAACCUGAGGAGUCGUAACAGCUGUGAGUGCAACUGUGACUAUGAGAAGAAAAGAACUCACCAGAUACUGGCUGCAAGAAAGAAAUAAAGAGCUCUUUUGAGCUGAAAAAUAAGAUGGCAGCAGGGUUGUUGCUACAAGCAGGAUCUGUGACCUUUGCACAGGAGCACGUCGUGGCUCAGUAUGCCAGGUAUACAAAGCCCCUGCUCACCUCAUCCAGGCAGUGGGAGCGGGACAGUUGGGCAAGGAGUGGGUGACACCAUCGACAGCGCUGCCCAGCUCCUUGCCCUCUCUGCACUGGGGCAGGGAGCGAUCCUUCUUGCUCAGAAACCUUGACAGCACGUACCAGCAGCAACACAUCUCGGAUGCGCAGACAAAAUUGGGUUUCUUUAAAUGCUUCAUAACUGGGGCACAACAGGUGUAUGCAUAGGGCUGCUAACACAAACAGAAAUUUACAUUAAAAUGUGAAAGAGACCUAAAAAAUCCUCCACACAGGCUAUUCUGGUAACCCAGCAGGUUACCUGAACAAGCUAUUUUUUUUUUUUAAUGCUGUUUUGCAUUUCAGAGCCUGAAAUUGUGUGAGGGCUGUAUCAUUGCCCAUGAGAGGAGUGGUGGGGGUUUUCUUUUUUUUUUUUAAAUUGUAGCAUGAAGCUGAAGGAUUACGUUGCUGGCCUUAGUAUGUGUGGCAGGAGGCCCUGGAGGGUGUCUGUGAGGGUGAAGACUGAGGACUUUGCAGUGUGGUGGGACGCGGACCUGGCACGCUCGUCCACACAGCCUGUCAGGAUGUGGUGGCUGGCACAGGCUGUCCCCCUGACCACAGCUGGGCUGUGUUUCAGAGCAUGCUAAUUUAGACAGCCUGAAAAACCACAAAACUACAGAGCAUCCUUACAGCAACGUGCAGCUGGUCAGUGACCUGUGCUUGGGUCUGCUCCUUUGUCCUGUUCUUUACAGUGCACAUGGAUUCUAAGGGAACAGACCACUGAGAUGUUGUGUGUUUGUUCUCCAAAUGCUGUGCAUUUGUUCCCCAUCCCCAGUCCUUGUGCCACAUUCUGUCAAAGAUCUGCUUGACCAGAGCACAUGAAAACCAGAGCAGGCACAAUGAGGAGAAUGUCUGUCUGCGUCUCGCCAUGAAAAGGCAUGUGGCUUGCUUAUAAACAGGUCCGUGCUGUUCUGGACUUAUGUUUAUUUAACUGCUCAAGAUGAAUUCAUGCAUGCAACAUCCUCAUCCAAAAUGUACCCCAGAUCACUGCUCUCAGAUGAACAUUCGGCUGGAAAACCCCCAGAAAUACAGAGCUUGCUCUCAGCUGCCAAACACAAAGGAAACAAAAGUUUAUUCUUAUAACUGUUAGCUACUCUUUAUAGAAAUUAUGUCUUUUAACUGUUUAAUAAUAUAUUCAUUAAAAAUACAAUAUUGCAAAAGA